UCGCGUGGCCGCACGGAAUGCAGCUCACGAGGAUCUCACAUCUGUAAGGAAAUGUAGGAUUUACCGCAACGCGAUCCGGAUUUAUUAGCAGUUUUUAUUGAAUCUUAAUGCGAAGAAAUGCUCACAUACUCUUUUUGCCAAAGCGUCCUGGAAAUCAUCUAGACGCAACUUUGGAGCGGCGGCUUUCGCCUGCUGAAUCUGUUUCAGUGAAGAGUGCUCUGCAAACAUGCAGAACCACGUGACUUCACUGCUGGUGGCUCUGCUGCUCCUGUGCAGCUGCACCAGGAACCAAAGCCUCGACACCGCUUCCAUCCCCCAGUUUACCCAGUCUGUUUACAACGCUACCAUUUAUGAGAACUCUGCUGCUAAGACCUAUGUGGAAAAUCUUGUGAAAAUGGGAAUCUACAUUACAGACCCCACUUGGGAGAUACGGUACAAAAUUGUGUCGGGAGACAACGAGAACCUGUUCAAAGCUGAAGAGUACCUGUUGGGAGACUUUAGCUUUUUGCGAAUAAGGACCAAAGGAGGUAGCAGUGCCAUUCUUAAUCGGGAGGUUAAAGACAACUACAUUCUCACAGUCAAAGCCAUGGAAAAGAACUCAAACGCUGAGGCUCGGACAAGAGUCAGGAUUCAGGUACUUGACACAAAUGACCUGAGGCCACUGUUCUCCCCGACCUCUUACAGUAUAUCAUUACCAGAAAACACAGCUAUUCGCGCCAGUGUAGCCAAGGUAAUGGCAACGGAUGCAGACAUUGGUACGAACGGAGAGUACUACUACAGCUUUAGAGAGUGGACAGACAUGUUUUCGGUCCACCCCACUAGUGGUGUGGUUACGCUCACCGGGAAGCUGGACUUCUCUGAGACAAAGCAGUAUGACUUGGAGAUUUUAGCUGUGGAUCGUGGCAUGAAGCUGUAUGGCAGUAGUGGGUUUAGCAGUAUGGCUAAGUUAACAGUACGGGUAGAGCAGGCCAACGAGUACGCACCGGUCAUCACUGCUGUAACGCUAGCACCAUCAGACACUGACAAAGACCCUACUUAUGCUAUUGUCACUGUUGAAGACAACGACCAAGGAGCUAAUGGUGAGAUAGCGUCCCUCAGCGUUGUCGCGGGUGACCCUCUUCAGCAAUUUAAAGCCAUGAGAACGAGUCCAGGCAGCAAGGAAUACAAAAUCAAAGCAGUCAAGCAAGUAGACUGGGAUAGUCAGCCCUUUGGAUACAACUUAACACUGCAAGCCAAAGACAAAGGAAACCCGCCACAGUUUUCAUCAGCGAAGGUUAUCCAUGUCACAUCCCCCCACUUUAAAGUAGGGCCUCCUAAAUUCACCGAAGCUGAAUACAGAGUCAACGUGAGUGAAUUUGCUCCGCUGCACACACCUGUUGUACUGGUAACAGCUGUGCCAAAGUAUCCUCAACUUAAGUAUGCAUUUAAACACAAAUUGGCAAAAAAUCAUUUUGCCAUUAAUGCUGAUUCAGGCUUGAUUACAACAGCUGGGCCCCUUCAUGCGGACUCCAUGGCCAGAUACGAAUUAGAAGUUGUGACCAGUGACAGAAAAGCAGCCGCUAAAAUCUUCAUUGAUGUGAUUGAUGUGAACAACAAUGCCCCAGAAUUUAAACAAACGUCUCACAGAUCCAGCGUUGAUGAAAAUAUGCCAAUAGGUACUAGCGUGCUAACAGUGAAAGCCACUGAUCUAGACAGUGGGGAGAACGGAUAUGUAACGUACAGCAUUGCCAAUGCGAAUCCCCAGCCAUUUGUGAUAGACUACUUCUCUGGCGUCGUCAGUACUUCAGAGGUUUUGGAUUAUGAACUGAUGGCAAGAAUUUAUACCUUGAAAGUUCGAGCAUCCGACUGGGGCACUCCUUUUCGCCGGGAAGUUGAAACUCAGGUUACAGUCAUGCUUAACAACCUAAAUGACAACAAGCCACUUUUUGAGAAUGUGGACUGUGAUGUAACGGUGCCAAGAGACCAUGGCGUUGGAGAACAGAUCGCAACCGUAUCUGCUAUCGAUUCAGAUGAGUUGCAGCUGGUGCGGUACAUAAUAAAAGCUGGAAAUGACUUGAAUGUUUUCGAUCUGAAUCCAAACUCAGGCGUACUGUCUUUGAAGCAGCCUUUGAGUGAAGGUGAGGCAUCAAAAGUGUCCCUUCACAGCUUGCAGAUAAUAGCCAGUGAUGGAGAACACGAAACCCAACCUAUGUUUUUAAAUGUUACGGUUGUCACAGCACGUAAACCAGUCCAAGUAAAAUGCAUCGACACCGGAGUAGCGAGCAUGUUGGCUGAAAAGCUCCUUCAGGGUAGCAAGCUCCACAGCCAAACUGAACCCGAAGACAACUUCCAAGACAUUCCCCUGGUGAACCGUUUUGCGCCCCAGUUUGCAGACACUUUUCCCAGUGUGAUUGAGGUCAAGGAAGACUUGCCGGUUGGAGCCAGGAUUGUCCAUCUUAGCGCCUCAGAUUCUGACAGCGGUUUUAAUGGGAAAGUGGUUUACGUUAUAUCUGGGGGCGAUUCUGGUAGUCGAUUUGUUGUUGACAUGAACAGUGGGUGGCUCAAAGUGUUUACUCCCCUUGAUAGAGAAACAACCGACCACUAUACAUUGAACAUCACUGCAUAUGACCUUGGGAUACCUCAAAAGUCCUCUUCACGCUUACUGGAUGUAAAGAUUUUGGAUGCUAAUGAUAACAGCCCACAGUUUUUACAAGAUGCAUAUUCAGUGGAAAUAAGCGAGAGCACGGCUGUUGGCACAGAGAUCAUUCAGGUUGAAGCAAAAGAUAAAGAUCUUGGGGAUAAUGGUGUGGUUAGGUACUCCAUAUUAGCAGACACUGAUCAAUUUGCUAUUGAUGCGGAGACUGGUGUUGUGACAGUGAAGAAGCCUUUAGAUCGUGAGGUACAACCCAGUUUUGUGCUGAAGAUAGCAGCUCGUGAUCAGGCCUCUGCUGAGCCGCAGCUUAUUUCAACUGUGCUACUUAAAGUCACACUGGAGGAUGUGAACGACAACCCUCCAAAAUUCAUUCCCCCAAACUAUCAGGUUAAAGUACGAGAGGAUCUACCCAUUGGUACAGUCAUCUUGUGGCUGGAGGCUCACGACCCAGAUGUUGGACCUUCUAGCCAAGUCCGAUACAGCCUUGUAGACAACGGGGAUGGGAAAUUUGAAGUGGACAAAUUAAGCGGUGCUGUACGAAUUGUGCAGAGUUUGGAUUACGAGAAAAAGCAGGUGUACAGUCUCACCGCACGAGCAAAGGACAAAGGAAAACCGAUAUCUUUGUCUUCAAGCUGCCAUAUUGAAUUGCAAGUUGUGGAUGUGAAUGAGAAUCUCUACAGACCAUUGUUCCCAUCAUUCGUGGAUAAGGGAUUUAUUAAAGAAGAUGUGCCCGUUGGAACAUCGGUGAUGAAAAUCUUGGCUCAGGAUGAGGAUAAAGGUAGAGAUGGAGAAAUCCGCUAUUCCAUUCGGGAUGGGUCCGGUCUUGGGAUCUUCGCUAUCGACGAAGAAACUGGUGUGAUUCGGACACAAGAGUUGUUGGAUCACGAGACCGCACCGCACUACUGGUUGACAGUCUACGCCACUGACCAUGGAGUGGUCCCACUCUCUUCCUUCGUUGAGUUGUACAUCGAGGUCCAGGAUGUCAACGACAACGCUCCUCAGACUUCUGAACCCGUCUAUUACCCAUCCGUCAUGGAGAACUCGGCCAAAGAUGUCUCCAUCAUCCAGAUCGAAGCGUUCGACCCGGACACCAGGUCCAGGGAAAAGCUCUCCUUCAAGAUCACCAGCGGGAACCCUCAGGGCUUCUUCAGCAUCAACCCUAAGACAGGUCUGGUCACCACCACAUCUCGAAAGCUGGACCGAGAACAACAGGAUGAACAUAUUUUGGAGAUCACGGUGUCUGAUCAAGGCGUUCCUAACAAGUCCACUACGGCUCGAGUCAUCGUCAAAGUCUUGGAUGAAAAUGACAACAAGCCAGAGUUCAUGGAGAAAGUCUACAAGAUUAAACUCGCCAAGCGAGAAAAAACUGAGGAGCGUUCACUCAAGAGAGAUGCCGUGUACCGUGUCAUCGCCUCGGAUCGAGAUGAAGGACCGAACGCAGAGAUCUCCUACAGCAUCGAGGAAGGAGAUGAAGAGGGCAAGUUUUUCAUCGAACCCAAAACUGGCUUGGUUUCUGCUAAGAUGCCGUCCAAUCCUGAAGUGUAUGAUAUCCUAACGAUUAAAGCAGUGGAUAAUGGCCGACCCCAGAAAUCGGCCACCUGCCGUCUACACAUCGAAUGGAUCCCCAAGCCGGAGCCGAGUGCUGCCCCUCUGGCAUUUGAUGAGCCGUUUUACUCUUUCUCUGUCAUGGAGAGCGACCCUGUGACACACAUGGUCGGGUUCAUCACCAUGGAGACCGUAGAAACUCCAGUAUGGUUCGAGAUAACAGAGGACGUAGCGUCUAAAGAUCUGUUUUACAUCGUUCAGAUGGCUUGCGACCUGAACUGCACUGCAGAAGGUGGUAAUUCUGACAGUCGAUUUGAGGUGGGGAAGGCGAGCGGGACGGUGAUCGUGGCCCGAGCACUGGACGCAGAACAGAAAUCCCAUUACAACUUGACGGUGAACGCAACAGAUGGCAACAGAUCUGUCAGCACGCAGGUUCUUAUUAAAGUGAUAGACACCAACAACCAUCGUCCCCAGUUCUCCAAGCCCAAGUAUGAAGUGAAUGUCCCUGAAGACACCCCACCUGAUACAGAGGUGCUACAGAUUACGGCAACAGAUCAGGAUGAGAAGAACAAGCUUACUUUCACCCUACUCAGCAGCACUGACCCGUUUAGUCUACGCAAGUUCCGACUCGAUCCUGGAACCGGGGUGCUGUACACGGCAGAGAGACUAGACCAUGAGACCAUGCAUCAACAUACAUUAACUGUCAUGGUUCGUGAUCAAGACAUUCCUGUGAAGCGGAACCUGGUGCGUGUGAUUGUUAAUGUGCAGGACACCAACGAUAAUGCGCCGUGGUUCUCCGGCUCACCGUAUGUGGGUCGUGUGUUCGAGUCUGCAUCCAUUGGCUCUGCCGUGCUUCAGGUCACCGCUCUUGACAAAGACAAAGGCCAGAAUGCUGAGAUCGUCUACAGCAUUGAGUCAGGAAAUGUUGCCAAUUCAUUCGCCAUUGAUCCUGUCCUGGGCACCAUCACCGUGGCAAAGGAGCUGGACCGUAGCAACAAGAACCAAUUCGAGCUAACUGUGAAAGCAACCGACAAAGGCAUACCGGCGCUAAGUGCUACUGCUGCUGUAGACAUAACUGUCACUAUUUCAGACAACGCCAUCCCUAAAUUCACAGAGAAAGAGUUUUCUGCGGAGGUCAGCGAAACUGCAUUGCCUGGAACUUUUGUGAGUCUGGUUUCAGCAGCCAGUCAAUCGUCUGUGUUCUAUCAGAUUAAAGACGGAAAUGUGAAUGGAGCAUUUGAUAUCAACCCCAAUUCCGGAGUGGUUGUGACUCAUUCGGUUUUGGAUUACGAGACGAUUCCAUCAUACAAAUUGACCAUUCAGGGAACCAACAUGGCUGGUCUGGCUAGUAAUGCUACUUUGGUGAUUCACUUGAAGGAUGAAAAUGAUAACGCACCUGCAUUUAUUCAAGACGAGUUUAUCGGAAUGAUCAGUGAGUCUUCUCCGGUCAACAGCGUAGUCCUUACCAAAGACAACACACCACUUGUAAUCCGUGCUUUGGACAGUGAUCGUGAUGCUAACUCUAGGCUGGUCUAUCAUAUUGUUGAGCCAUUUGCUCAUAAUUACUUUGCCAUUGAUUCAAGCACUGGUUCAAUCAGAACUAUAAGUGAACUGGAUUAUGAGCAAAGAUCAGUGUUUCGCUUUUCCGUUCAAGUCCACGAUAUGGGCAUCCCCCGUCAUUUUUCAGAGAACCCUGCCAAUGUGACUAUCGAGAUCAUUGACGUCAAUGACUGCCCACCUCAGUUUAGUCAAGACAUGCUUGAAACCACAGUCUUACUGCCGACUUACAAAGGAGUGGAGGUGAUCCAAGUCAACGCCACGGAUGCCGACUCUGGUGCAAAUUCUCGUCUUUUUUACUCUAUUGUGGAAGGCAAUAUAGGAGACAAGUUUAAAAUGGACCCAGUCACAGGGGUUAUCACUAUUCAAAAUGUCACUCAGCUUAGAAGCAGGUACGAGCUCAGAGUUAGAGUGUCUGAUGGCAGGUUUUCGAAAACAGCUUUAGUCAAAAUAAACGUCAGAGAGAAUAAGGAGAGCAAUCUCAGGUUCACCCAAGAGUCAUACAAAGCCUCCGUGCCAGAAAAUAGCGAAGAGCAGAAGACUUUAGCUGUAAUAGCUGCGGUGGGAAACCGAGUCAAUGAACCUCUCUUUUACACCAUUCUGAACCCUGAUAAAAGAUUCAAGAUCAGUCGAACAUCCGGAGUACUAUCCUCCACAGGUGUACCAUUUGAUCGGGAAGAGCAAGGCACGUUUGAUAUCGUAGUGGAGGUGACCAGAGAAGACAAAUUAUCUGACAUGGCUCAUGUUCUCGUCACGGUUACUAUUGCGGAUGUUAAUGAUAACCCUCCUAUGUUUGUCAAUCUACCCUAUCAAGCACUGGUUCAAGUUGACACCGAGGUGGGUCACGUUAUUAAGCAAGUGACUGCAACCGAUGGAGAUAUUGACAGAAACGCUGAGAUAACUUAUCACCUUCAGGAGCUAAAUGAGCAUGUUCAGAUCAGCACUGAUGGAGAAAUCUCUCUUAGAAAGAAACUUGAAAAGGAUCAAGUUGAUACUGAAUUUGUAAUCACCAUUCUGGCCAGGGAUGGAGGUGAACCAGCACUUUCUUCUACAGUUGAUGUACCAAUAUUGGUUGUGAACAAGGCAAUUCCUGUUUUUGAGAAAGCGUUCUACAGUCUGGAGAUCCCAGAGAAUAUACAGUUACUAACACCAAUUGUACAUAUUCAGGCAAAUGACUCUGAAGGGCCCAGAAUAGUGUACACUAUUACCGAAGGGGACCCUUUGAAUCAGUUCUCUAUCAAUUUUAAUACCGGUGUAAUUCAGGUUGUGAAAUCAUUGGAUUUUGAGAAACACCCAGCUUAUAAACUUAGCGUAAGGGCUACAGAUUCGCUAACUGGUGCCAAAGCUGAAGUCUUUGUUGACAUAAUCCUGGAAGACAUCAAUGACAACCCACCUGUGUUCCUCACCAAAUCGUACAACGCAAGUCUUUCAGAGGCAUUGGUGAUUGGAACUUCUGUAUUACAAGUGUCAGCUACAGAUGACGACAACGGUAACAACAAAAUCCUCUUUUACCAGUUUGUAGAAGAUAAAGACAAGUCGUCUGACUACUUUAGCAUUGACCGGGACACAGGCACGAUUUGGACAGCCCGCAUGCUCGACCAUGAAGAGAAAUCCUCUCACAAGCUGACAGUUCGAGCGGUGGACGGUGGAGUGCCUGCGCUUUCCAGUGAAGUAACAGUGUUAAUCGAUGUAACAGACCUCAAUGACAAUGCUCCAGCGUUCUCACAAAAUCUCUACGAAGCCACAGUUAGUGAAGUGGCACCUCGAGGUCACUUCGUCACCCAGGUUCAAGCUUCAGAUGCCGACAGCUCUGACAGUGGUCGGCUUGAGUUUUCAAUCAUAUCAGGCAAUGAAGAGCAAAACUUUGCAGUAGAUCCAAAGUCUGGUGUGAUAGUCAUAUCUAACCACCGAAAACCCCACAUGGAGUCCCUCUACAACCUCAAUGUGUCCGUCUCAGAUGGUGUUUUCAGAAGCUCAGCUAUCGUCAAGGUUAAUGUCAUGAGUGCUAACUUCCACAAUCCUACCUUCAAUCAGGUGGAUUAUGUGGUCGAGCUCCUGGAGAACUCACCAGUUGGCACAAUGGUGGUGGAAGCUCAAGCCACCGAUGAGGACCUGGGCACAUACGGAAGACUCACCUACCACAUAGUCAAUGACGUUGCAAAAGACAAGUUUUCAAUCUCUGAAAAGGGAGAGAUCUUCACACUUGAGAGUCUCGAUCGAGAGAACGCAUUAGAGAAAGUGAUUCCAAUUUCAUUAAUCGCAAAGGACGGGGGUGGCAAAGUUGGGUUCUGCACCGUAAAUGUGAUUUUAACUGAUGUCAAUGAUAACGCCCCACAAUUCCGUGCUGUUGAUUACACCGUGAACGUGGCUUCUGACGUGCCAAGAGGAACAACAAUCCUUAAGAUUACAGCGUCUGACAUGGAUGAAGGUAGUAACGCAGACAUCAACUAUUCUAUUGAAGCAGAUGCCGAUAACGUUGAGGAGAAUUUUGAAAUCCACCAGUUCAGCGGCGUCAUUGUUACCAAGGAAAGCCUCAUCGGAUUAGAAAACCAGCUUUACACUUUUCUAGUCCGAGCAAAGGAUGGUGGCAACCCCACCAAGUCCUCUGUUGUUCCAGUCUAUGUCAGGAUACUCGCUCCGGAAGCCCCAGUGCCAAAGUUCAUGGAGUCUUAUUACAGAUUUGCCAUUGAUGAGGAUCUUGCUCUUGGCUCUGAAAUAGACGUCAUUCAAGUCGAGAGCGAUCAGCCUGUCUUUUACAGUCUGGUGAAAGGGAACACUCCUGAGAGCAACCAUGAUGAGGUUUUCAUGGUGGACCCUGACUCAGGAUCUCUGAAACUGGAAAAGAAACUGGACCACGAGAGCACCAAAUGGUAUCAGCUAACCCUGCAAGCUCAAAACGAAUACGAAGGCAACAAAAUCGCUACGUCCGUAGACAUUAGCAUUCAAGUCAAGGAUGUCAAUGAUAACCAGCCACUCUUUGAGUCAAACCCUUAUGAAGCUUUUGUUGUGGAGAAUCUCCCAGGUGGCACGUCGGUAAUGCAAGUCAAGGCCACAGAUUUGGACUUGGGCACUAAUGGCCAAUUGGUCUACAAUCUGGAUACUAACCAAGAGUCAGCUGACAUAGUGGAAUUGUUUGCUAUCAAUAGUGAAACCGGUUGGAUUACCACUUUAAAGGAACUUGACCGUGAAAAGAGGAACAAGUAUGCCAUUUCAGUCUUAGCCACGGACCGCGGAGACAAGACACAACUGACGGCAAACACCAAUGUGAUUGUCACAGUGGUAGACGUGAAUGACAACCCACCACGUUUCACGGCGGAGAUCUAUAAGGGAACAGUAAGCGAACAUGAUCCACCUGGCGGGGUCAUCGCCAUUCUUAGCACUACUGACUUGGACAUGGAGGACAAUAAUAAACAGAUCAGCUACUUCAUCACAGGCGGAGACCCCUUGGGACAGUUUGUCAUUGAGCACACUCAAGGCGAGUGGAAGGUUUCCGUGCGGAAACUUCUGGACAGGGAGGAGAGGGACAAUUACUUGCUGAACAUCACCGCCACCGACGGGACCUUCACAGCCAAGGCUGUGGUGGAAGUCAAGGUCUUGGACGCCAACGACAACAGCCCAAUUUGCGAGAAGUCGCUUUAUAUGGAAGCCGUCCCCGAGGACUCCUCUGCCGGUAGGCUGAUCCUGCAGGUCUCCGCCACAGAUGCCGAUAUCCGUUCAAACGCACAGAUUUCCUACGAGCUGCACGGGCCCGGAUCAGAGCACUUCAGCAUCGACUCCGAGACAGGUGAAUUGAAAACACUGCUCCCAUUGGAUCGAGAGGAAGAGGAAGUGCACAAGAUGAAGGUGCGCGCUCUGGAUGGAGGGGGACGUUUUUGUGAAGCAGAUGUUGAAAUCACAGUCGAGGAUGUCAAUGACAACGCUCCGCUGUUCACCUCUGACCCUUACACCUUUACCGUGUUUGAGAAUACAGAGAUAAACACACCUGUGGCCCGCCUGUACGCCUCUGACCUCGACACAGGUUCUAACGCCGAGAUCUUCUACUCCCUGCUGGACUCGGCUGAUGGUGUAUUCUCCAUCGAGGAAGAGACGGGCAUCGUGCACCUAAGUCGACCCCUUGACCGUGAGCUCCAGUCGCUCUACACACUCCGAGCCCGAGCCACCGACCGCGGCUCCCCGCGCCGCCUCUCCUCCCUCACUACCGUCAGCAUUUCUAUCCUGGACAUAAAUGACAACCCUCCUGUCUUUGAGCGCCGUGAGUACACGGCCACUGUCGCUGAGGAUGUGUCUGUGGGCACUCAGGUGUUGCGGGUUCACGCCACCAGCCGAGAUACAGAAGCAGGUGCAGAGAUUACAUACGCCAUCAUCAAUGGAAACGAGAGGGGAGCGUUCCGUGUGGACCCACAUACAGGUGGUAUCUUUGUGAUCGAACCUUUGGACUACGAAACAGCUCAUGAGUUUUAUCUAACGCUCGAGGCUACGGAUGGAGGCACGCCAUCGCUCAGCGACAUGGCUACGGUAAACAUUAACCUGACCGACGUGAACGACAACAGCCCCAUCUUCAACCAAGACAUGUACUCAGCUGUGAUCAGCGAAGACGCAGAGCUCGGAAAGACCGUUCUUACCGUCAUGGCUGAUGAUGCAGAUGGUCCUUCCAGUAAUCAGGUGCGCUUCUCCAUCAUUGACGGCAAUCAAGGCAGCCCGUUCACCAUCGACCCAGUCAGAGGAGAGGUCAAGGUGGCCCGGCAGCUCGACAGAGAGAAGACUUCAGGCUACACGUUAACUGUGUUGGCCUCUGACAACGGAAGCACGGCUCGAUCCAGCAACGCUACGGUUAACAUAGAUGUGUCGGACAUAAAUGAUAACCCGCCUGUCUUCUCCCAGGCAAACUACAGCAUCAUUAUACAGGAGAACCAGCCAGUGCGCACCAGCAUCCUCCAACUGACUGUGUCCGACCGUGACGCCUCCCACAACGGACCUCCUUUCACGUUCUCCAUCAUGAGCGGAAACGAGGAUGGCGCUUUCGACAUUACUCCUCAGGGCGCGUUGGUUUCCGCAGCGACGCUGAGCCGGCAGGCGCAGGAGCUCUACCUUCUGCAGGUUCAGGUAACAGAUAGUGGUCGACCGCCGCUAUUCUCCACAGCAUUCGUGAGCGUCCGAUUGAUUGAAGAGAGCAUCUACCCUCCAUCCAUUCUUCCUCUGGACAUCUUCAUCACCACGGCGACAGACGAAUAUUCCGGUGGGGUUCUAGGUAAAAUCCACGCCACAGAUCAGGACGUCUACGACACUCUAACCUACAGCCUCGCCCCCGAUAGUUCCUCUACCUCCCAAAACUCUGGCCUCUUCUCCGUCUCCCCUGCCGAUGGAAAACUUGUGGCCCGUGGGAAUCUGGACGCCGGUCAGUACGCCCUUAACAUUACUGUGACAGACGGUCGCUUCACCGCAGCUGCCCGUGUCAACAUUCACGUACGGCAGGCGACAGCACAAGCCCUCGAUAACUCCAUCGCUGUACGUUUCGCUGCAAUCGCACCCGAGGAGUUUAUCGGAGAUUACUGGCGUAACUUUUUGAGGGCCUUGCGGAAUAUCGCAGGAGUGAGACGAGGAGACGUGCAGCUGGUCAGCUUACAGCCAGCUGCCGAUGCCUCCGGUGACCUGGAGGUGCUUCUAAUGCUGGAGAGGUCAGGAAGUCCAUUCCAGCCACAGGAAGUGGUGUACAGAAAACUCAACGCAUCCGUUGGAGUCAUCGAAGAGAUGACCGGAGUCCGUAUCGUGAGGGUUGUGAAGAAACUCUGUGCCGGAUUGGACUGUCCUCUUAGUUUCUGCCAAGAGGCGGUGUCCUUGGAGACGGGAGCAGUGUCGGCCUAUAGCACAGCGAGGAUUAGUUUCGUUACGCCACGUUACAUACGCGCAGCCAAGUGUCUUUGUGAAGGAGCCGAGUGUCCUAUCUUGAGCAAGCUUUGUGAGGGAAGCCCCUGUCCUCAAGGCAUGGAGUGUGUAGAAGAUCCCACACGCACCAAGUUUAGCUGCGUCUGUCCAGAGGGAAAACAAGAGGAGUGCUCAGAGCGACAGUCAUUGACGUUCAGCGGAAGCGGAUAUGCACGGUACAGGCUGAUGGAAAAUGAGAACAAGGAAGAAAUGAAACUGUCACUGAGAUUGAGAACAUUCUCCACACACGCUACUGUCAUGUAUGCCAAAGGCACAGACUACAGCAUACUUGAGAUCGUGAACGGCCGUCUGCAGUACAAGUUCGACUGUGGCAGUGGGCCCGGCGUGGUGUCCGUCCACAGUAUCCAGGUCAGUGACGGACAAUGGCACACUGUGUCUCUUGAGGUAGACGGCAACUAUGCCAGACUGGUCCUGGACAAGGUCCACGCCGCGUCAGGCACGGCACCCGGCACUCUCCGCACGCUCAACCUGGAUUCCAGCAUCUUCUUCGGGGGCAAUGCACGGCCAGCCGCUGGCUCGGGGAGGAUGGUGGUGAACGGGCUGCGCGGCUGCCUGGAGGGAAUCGUGUUGAACGGGAGGGAGCUGCCGCUGUCUUCGGUUCGUGGAACACACUCGGUGCUGGAGGAGCUGGUGGAUGCCGUUCCCGGAUGCAGCUUAUCUGCCCCGGUCCAGGGAUGCUCCAGUAACCCUUGCACUAAUGGGGGAACAUGUUCGUCGCUACCUAAUGGAGGGUACUUCUGUAAGUGCACAGCUGCAUUUAUGGGCACCCACUGUGAAGUCACUAUCAGCCCCUGUGCUUCUAAUCCCUGCCUGUAUGGAGGCACAUGUGUCCCAAGGGGAGGAGACUUCUACUGCCAAUGUAGAGGACAGUAUUCUGGUCAACGGUGUCAGCUGGGUCCGUACUGCACAGAUAACCCAUGCAAGAACAGCGGCAAGUGCAUCGAUAGCUUGGAUGGGCCCGUGUGCGAGUGUGACCCGGGUUUCCAAGGAGACAGGUGCCUCAGUGAUGUUGAUGAGUGCCUGAAGAACCCUUGCUCUAACGGUGGCCACUGUCAGAACACGUACGGCUCCUUUAGGUGUAACUGCUCGGCGGGCUACAGCGGCACCCAUUGCGAACUCCGCUCGGAAAUCCGCAACGAGUUCGUCUCCACUUCCUGGAACAUUGGCUUGGAUGAAGUUAUCGGAAUCGGCGUAUUCGUCGCCAGCAUCCUCUUUCUAGUCCUCCUCUUCAUCUUGAUCCGCAAGCGCAUGUGCCGGCGCUCAAAAUCCAAACCAGACGAUGACGACAAGCUUGGCCUAGGCGCGGCGCCGCACGCCUUCCUCCACCGGCCGUACUUUGAUGCUAAUCUCAACAAGAACAUCUACUCCGACGUACCUCCGCAGGUCCCCGUUCGGCCCAUUUCCUACACUCCCAGCAUUCCCAGCGACUCCCGUAACAAUCUGGACCGGAAUUCCUUUGAGGGCUCCGCCAUACCGGAGCACCCAGAAUUCAGCACGUUUAACCCCGAUUCGGUGCACGGUCAUAGGAAGACGGUGGCCGUAUGCAGUGUGGCACCUAACUUGCCUCCUCCACCACCCUCCAAUUCAGUUUCUGAUAGCGACUCCAUACAGAAGCCCAGCUGGGAUUAUGACUAUGAUGCUAAAGUGGUGGAUCUGGACUCGUGUUUGAAUAAGAAACCGGUGGAGGACAGUGCGUGUCACCCUUACAACACCAGAGGCAGCAUGUCAGAGGUCCAGUCCCUCAGCUCCUUCCAGUCCGAGUCCUGUGACGACAACGAGUCAUUCUCGGCUCACGAACACAAGAACCCAAGAGGCUAUCAUUGGGACACAUCUGACUGGAUGCCAAGCAUUCAACUUCCUGGAAUCCAGGAGUUCCCUCAGUAUGAGGUAGGGGAGUCCCCGCCCAUCCUUUACACCGACCCCGCCUUGCUGGACACAGACUACUACCCUGGCGGAUAUGACAUCGAAAGCGACUUCCCCCCUCCACCCGAUCACUUUCCCGCCCACGAUGACCUGCCCCCUCCUCCGCCCGUGCCGGAGUACGGAGAAUGCUAUGACACAUUGCAGUCCACCACACGGGCACCCAACAGCACCCCCUCCAGUCCCGGAGGGUCCGGAAUACGCCAGCGCCCACCCCUACCCCAGCUCUACAGCCUCACCCAGUUCCUACCCCAGCACCAUUAUUCCUCAGACGCAGAACCACAGAGCAACCCUUCCAGCACCAUCACGUCCUCCACCACUGGAGGCUACCGGCGCGGAGGCUACCCUCUGAGCUACGGCAGCGAUUUCAAUCCUCAGGCCGCAGACAACAUGUCCCUGUCGCUGUACACGUCGACGGCGUCCUGCUCGGACAUGUCCGCCUGCUGCGAGGAGUCAGAGGUAAUGAUGAGUGACUUCGAGAGCGGCGGAGAGGAGGAGGGAACUCCUUUGCAGAGGCUGGUGAUACCUCCACUGGACUCGCAUCACCCACAGCAGCAUACUGAAGUCUGACACUGGAUCCAACGCAGCAAAAUAUCAAAAGUGCCUAAAUGAAUCCCUGCUACAAGAGACUGUGCAUUACUACCGUAAUAGCAAAACUUGUACGGUACACAAACGUAGUCUUACAGUAAACGUAAAUGCCAAACGCACGCACGCCGUACGAGUCUUUCUGUCACCGGAGAGGGUUCUCGCACAAGUUCUCUCCGGUAGCUCUUGCGGGCUGUUGUUAUUAUUAAACAUAGUAUUGAAGAGAACGCAAGACUUGGCUGUGCCAUUCGAAAAAAUAAACAAUCUUCAUGCACAAGAUGUCUGACAAUACCAUGCUGAGAUGUACAAUUUACACAAAAUCAUAACUGUAUUGUCGUUGAGAGAAAACGCAUAAUUUCAAGGUGAUAUCUGAAUUUGAAUAGCUAAAACCAUGCAAAGUGAUUUUUAUACAAAUCCUCAUUCAUUUGUAAUGUAAAUUGUUAUGUACAGUUUUGAUUUCAAGGUUUUACUAGGUUUUUGUAGAUAUUUUUUUGCUUUUUAUUUUCCAGAAAAGACGACAGGAAAAGUAGUAUACCGACUCAAAUGAUGUGUCAUUGUCCGCCUUACUGUAUGUUCAUCAACAAGCAAAGAUGUUAAAAGAAUAUUUUAAAAAAAUUAAAAGAAAAAAUGAAUCGUGUUACAACGCACAUUCAUCUCUGAAAGGAUCACAUGAUGGCUGUGUGCAUAUUCUUGUAAUGUGUUGGUUUUCUUUUGUUUAUUUGUUGUUUGUAAAUUGUGAUUUUGGAACAUCUUUAUUUUUUCCACCAUGAAAAUGGGACCCAAUAUAUUUAUAGUGCGAGAUGAUUCACAGACAUGUGACUUUUUCAGGGGUCUGUGUGUGUGUGAGCAAUGCUACGGUCUUGUUUUAUGAUUUUUAUUAAAUACUGCCACUAGCUUAACUGCUUUACUACUGGCAAUAAAUUAUUCUCUAAAAUGGG